UCCUCCAUCGAGCGCCCACCAGAUGGACCAGCGCCCCAGGACCCCACCACCGCGCAGCACAAGCAAUCUCGUCCUCUCUCUCCGGUGUGCCAGAGCCCGAUUUUGCCCGUGGCGGAGGCAGGCCUUCGGCAGACAGAGCACCUGUUUCCAACGGAAGCUAGCACAAAGCCGGCGGAGGGUUGAGGAGACAAUACAAGCAAAGGCCGGAGUGCUGCGCCAGCAGGGGUGGCCUCGCGAGACCAUCUUCCUUGCCCGUGAUGCCGCGCCGUUCUGUGGGUAAGAAGACCAAGCAAGUCAAGACCUUCUUCCGCCCACCCGCCCCCACGAUACCACGUUUGUUUCCAAGAACGGACGACAAGGCAACACCACCAUGGAACG